CUUGUUCCAUUUUCACAUGUAAAUGUCGGAGUUCCUUUGAAUAAAAGAUUAUUGAUCGCGUGGUCGGUUACGAUCAAUGGACCUGCUAGUUUAUGGCUCGAUUGUAUUGAGGCUUUAUACAGAGGGCGAACUCUUUUGUCGUGUGGGUUGCUAAGCGGAACCGCGACCAACCACAUGGCGCGAGAUAAAGCGCGCCAUUUCUAAUUUUUUUCGCGGGAGUUUAUAACCAAAGCAUGCACACAAGAUUGUAAACAACGGAUCGGUGCGGUGGACACUGCACGUCAUGUAGUCAACAUUCAGUCUCAAAAGCGGUAAAUAUCACUUUUAUUUCGACUCAGGAAGGCCCACUUGUACUUGCUGGAAUUGGAAAUACGUUUGUGCCGUAUUUCUGGCUUGGUCUUCGGUACUCAUUGUUUACGUCUCCGAUAUCGGUCGUCUUUCAUUGAACCAUUUCAACGAUCGAGGUCGGCUGUCUGUGUAUAUAUCGAAUGUGACUGAUCUGUAUAUCAUUUUGUGCGAGCCAGCCUGAUUACGUGGGCUGCAGACGUACGUUGGAGCCAAGCUCUAUACGAAGGGCAAGCACAUUUCGAGUGAGUUUACACGCCGUACAUAAAGCCUUCUAAUAAAGUUCUAGUCCACCACUACUGACUACUACUAACGUAGUAGUAUAACAGUACUUUAGCACCUCAGUUUAAAAUUAUAGAGACAAAGUCUAAAGAUGGCGGGUGGACUCGGGUCAGAGGUCGCCCACGACCCUGCAACGGUCAAGAAGCAGAGUCCACCGAGGCCCUAUGGAGGGAGUGGAGUCGAAGCCGGGGACAAGAACGGAGGCAGCAUGAUGGACAUAAUGGACACGAGUUACGUCCGCCUCCGCAAGGAGAUUGGCCUCUUCAACGGGAUGACCAUCAUUGUGGGCUGCAUCAUCGGCUCGGGUAUCUUCCUGUCUCCCAAGAGCAUCUUAGAACACACUGGCUCCGUGGGCAUGUCCAUGGUAGUCUGGGUUGUCUCUGGUAUCUUCUCUCUGAUCGGGGCUCUCUGUUUCGCCGAGCUCGGCACCACCAUCCUUGCCUCCGGAGGAGAAUACUCCUACAUCCUGUACAGCUUCGGCCAGCUGCCUGCGUUCGUCUUGCUCUGGAGCACGCUGAUCAUCAUCAAUCCUACAGGACAAGCCAUCGUUGCGUUGACAUUCGCCAAUUACGUCACCCAGCCAUUUUUCGGUGACUGUGGAGGCCCGCCCCUCGGCCUGGUACAAAUCCUCGCUAUUCUGUGUCUUGCUCUCUUGACAUUUGUGAACUGCUGGAGCGUCCCCUGGGCGACUAAAGUCCAAGAUGUUUUCACCGUUGCCAAGGUCUUGGCCCUCAUUGUCAUCAUCUUGUCCGGGCUUGUCUACAUUUGCAUGGGACACACAGAGAACUUCCAAGAACCGUUCAAGAAUAGCAAGGGAGGUAGUGACAUUGCCUUGGCCUUUUACGGUGGCCUGUUUGCAUACGCAGCUUGGAAUUAUCUGAAUUAUUUGACGGAGGAAAUUAAGAAUCCACACAGGAAUCUUCCCUGGGCCAUCGGCAUUUCUCUCCCCAUGGUCACCCUCAUCUACGUCUUGGCCAACGUCGCCUACUUUGCUGUCUUGUCUCCUGAGGAACUGGAGCGUUCCAAUGCUGUGGCUGUGACAUUUGGUGAGAAACUCUUCGGCCCCAUGGCUUGGAUAAUGCCGGUUUCGGUUGCCAUGUCGACGUUCGGCAGUGUGAAUGGAGGUUGUCUGUCCCUGUCUCGGUUGUUUUUCGUUGGAGCUCGGGAGGGCCAGUUGCCAGGAGUCAUGUCCAUGAUUCAAGUCAAGCGCAAGACACCACUACCUUCUCUCAUUUUCACGUGUGUCCUGUCGGUCCUGUACGUCUUUGUGGAGAAGAUUGAGACUCUUCUGAACUACUUCAGCUUCAUGACGUGGCUAGCCAUUGGAACAGCCGUAGCCGGCCAGCUGUACCUACGAUGGGCUAAGCCGGACCUGCCACGACCAAUCAAGUUCAACAUUCUCCUCCCCAUCACCUUUGUCUUGGCCUGCCUCUUCCUGGUCAUCAUGGGAACCAUCGCUGCUCCCAUGGAUACCCUCAUCGGCAUUCUCAUCACCCUCACCGGCUUCCCCGUUUACUUCGUCGGUGUUUGGUGGAAGAGCAAGCCCAAGUGUCUUUUGCGAUUCAACCAGGCAGUCACCAUUUUCCUUCAGAAGACGUUUAUCAUCGUUGCUCCGGAGAAAGAAGCAUGAGUCGACUUUGAUCAUCGAGGCGAGGACUUGAAUGGAGUGAAUUCAGCUCUAGGGGGCGCUUUAUACAGUUGGCAAAAGCGCACACGAUGAGCUCGAUUUUAAGACUAAACCCUAUUAAAUGUUUUACACAGAAACAAACAAGAAACAUAUUUAAGCAUCAGUGCAGGGCCAUCAAGAUCUUCAAGUCUUCCAAAUUUCAUAAUUUUCAAAGUUGAACAAAGAAAUUGACUGGAGUGUGUUCAAACCCCGCUCCAGUCAAUUUCUUUGUUCAAAUUUGAAAAUUACAACAAUGGACCUAGUCAGUGUCCCUUUGUGGUUUAUUUGAAGAUUUCAUCAUUGGCAACAGAAAAGGGAAGUUGCGUCCAAUUAAAGCCAUGUUGUCUCCAAAGCGGUUUUUGAGCAGGGCUUACCAUUUAUAUCCUGGGUUUUAAUGUAGUUCCAUGGAAACUGUGCAAGGAACAGUAACAAGGAACUAUAACACGGAAUUGUUAACAAUAAGAACAUAUUUCUGGUUAGUGACUAGUAAAUAUGAUGGUGCUGCACUUGCAAUAAAAAUACAAAACUGAUAUAAAAUCAAAUUCCCAGGGAUUACACAGUAUCUGGCAUAGAUUUUUCCAAGCGCUUAAAAGAAGCGUCAACUUUUUUGGCGAUAUAAAUUCUUGCAAACAAUAGUAAUCCAGAUUUUUUUUUUUAAAGUCCUUGAAGGAUUGUGUAAUAGACUGAGUCUGAAACAGCCACUUACGUCUAUGGCUAACUAUAGAACGCCAGUGGCAAAAGCCUUAGCCAUAGCUCCAAAAUGCACGAUUCGGACACGGCUAUGUCCCAUUACACAACUAGGCAACACAACAAUGCAAUGAAGAAACUUACAAAGGCAAAUGUACAAAGGCUUGCGUGAAAUGUGUAUCUUUUUUAAAUAAUUUCAUCGUUUGGGUUAGAAAAAAAGGGGGAAAGGGUUCUCUUUCGCAUUAGCUUUGUGUCUUUACUGAUACAAAACUCAUUUUUAAUCACUUUUUGAGACGUUAUCAAAUUAACGGCAAUGCAAUAUUCAGUGAUGCCUUUACUUGUAAACGUUUAUUCAGAGUGUCUGUUUUUGACUUCAAAAAGUCUACUCUCUCGGAAUUAAUGCAAUCACAAGUUCAGGUUGAUUGACCUAAUUAUUGUGCCUCAUUAAUAACCAAUGAAAUGCAUGCAAUCACCGUCAUGUGACUUGUUUGUGUAUACAGUAAAUACUUCAGAAAUGAAUGGGUUAAAUUGAAUUUGUACUUUGUAUUGUUCCCAUCUCCAACUUAAAUGCUGUUCUGCUACCCAGUGUGCUGUGGUAUUUUGUUGGUUUGUCACGUUUGCUCUUAGCUUAUUGAUAUCACUAAGACAUUCUUUGGUACAAUUCAAAUGUUGAAUUAUCUGAAUUUUUGCUGUGGCAGUUUGCCAAAGUCCAUCAGAAAGUAUGUGAAAUGAAAAGAUUUGAUUUUGAUUUUUAGAACAGUUCUGUCUUGUAGUUUGUAAGAGAAGAGAGCCAAAAAAAAGUUGAAGGCGGCAUGAACUUUUUUUGAGAAUUGUGAGAGUGUAGUUCUAAGAAUAGCUUUUCUUUUCAA